AUGAAAAAACGUCAAAAGUAUGUAUAUGUUUUUUAUAAUAUUAUAAUAUUAUAAUAUUAUUAUGAUCUAUGAUGUGUGUAUAUAUAUAUAUAUAUAUAUAUAGUUUUAAUUUUAUUAUAAGAGAAAGAUUCAAAAUAUUUGUUGUUUCAUUAUGCUAGUCAUUUAAUAAUAACUUUAUUUUUAUUAACUUGUUUUAACUUUGUAAAUGGAUAAAGAAAUGUACUCUGCAGAGAUGACAGAAAGUCCCUUGGGAAAAGCAUAUAUAAAUUUGAUUAGUUGUUUCCAAGAGAUCCAACACAUUCUUAACGUUCGAACGGUGAUGCUUGGGGUCAAAAAGGAAUCAGGUAUUGUCACUUGUCUAACCUUUUGAGUACCACAUAGACAAACAGGGCCAAGUGUGUUAGUGAGUGACGAAGGGAAAUAUUUUCUUUUGCCAUCUCAUGGGACUUCUCAUCUCUACAUUAUACAUCGUAUCAAGUUUUCUUAAUUAAAAUGUUUGUUACUGAGUUUUAAUUACUUUAAAAGUUAUUAUAUUUAAAAAUAUUUAAAAAUUAUGAGAAAAUAUAAUAAAUACAAAAAUUUUCAUUUUCUUUUUUCUUUUAAUUCUUAAUUCAAUUUUUGUCGAGUAUUGUAGUUUUGUUAAAUAUUUCAUUAGUAUUUAUUAAAUUUUAUAUAUAUAAUUGAUGUUGUAGUAUUUUGUAGUUUUAAUUAAUAUUAAUUGUAUAAACAAAAUUUUUUUAGAUACAAUACAUUAGAUAGAAUACAACUACAAGAAAAAAAGAACUUGGUAAAAAAAAAAAUUAAAAAUAAAUAUGAAACACAAAAUUAUGUUGAAAGUUUAUUGGCAUAUAUGGAUGUUUAUUUAUUUUGUGGAUUGUUAAAUAGAGCAAAUAAAAUCUUAGUAAUAUAUAGGAAAAAUUCUCAAAAAAAUUUUAAAAAUAAUGGAAGCAUUAAACUUUAUAACAUGCUUUUGGAAGCAUAUGCUUCUAAAAAAAAAAUAGGAAAAGUUUUAGAGUUGUAUAAUAUGAUAAAAAAAGAUUCCUUAACACCAACAUCCCAAACAUAUGCAUAUAUAUUUGAUGCUUUAGGAAGAGAAACUGUAAAUAAUAAACAAAUUGAAUUAUUAAAAAAAUUAAAUAUUGAAAUGAAUGAUUACAAUAUAUCUUUCAAUGAUAUCUUUAAAUCAUAUUUUACAAUUGAUCAAGAAAAAAAUAUAUUAAAAGUAAUCAGGAUACUAAUGCCAGACUUUAAGUUAUCACAUAUUACGUUAGAUACAAACUAUAAAUGUCGAAUUUUAAAAAAUAAUCUAAUGGAAAAUAAUUCUGAAAGUUCAGUGGAAGGGCUGUUAACGAUGGAAGAAUUGAAACGUUGUUUCAAAAUGCAACUUCAGACUGAAUUAGCAAUUGAAAUAGAGAUACCAAGUAUCAAACUGCGUGAUAAAAAUAUAAAAACUAGCUCUGAAAAAAAAAUUGCAGAAAUAGAAAAAUAUUGGAGAAAUGUGGCAUCAGCAGCGUUUGAAAGGAAUUUAAAGUGUUUAAAGCAAAAGGAAUGUCAAUCUCAUAAUGCUUCAAUGGUUUUAUAUCCAUUUUUGGAAGUUCUGGAUAAAAAAUUCUACAUAAAUGCUAUGUUACGCGAGAUCAAACAAUUGGCUAACGGAUCAGAAAACUUUAGCGCGUCUGUUAAAUUAUUAAAUAUUAAAUUAGGGAAAUAUAUUUAUAGGAGAUACGAGAUUGAAAGAAAGAAGAAAAAUGGAGUGUUGGAUAAGAUGAUUGGUAUUUACUCGAAAUACCUUGAGUGGUACUUACAUCCUGAAAAAAUGGCACGUUUAAAUAAUACGAAUGAUCGUAUCAUGUUGCAAUAUUUUGAACGUGAAGAAGCAAAGUACAGUACACCUUUAAAUUUCAUCUGUUUGAAUUGGCCUAUAGAUGUAAUUGUAAAUAUUGGCAAAUUUUUGUAUAAUAUUAUCUUGAACGAUAUUAUGCUUCAACCUGAGAUUUUGAAAGGACAGGAUUUAAAAUAUUCUAUACCUGCAUUUUAUACAUUGUUCAGGAACAAAGAAACUUAUUUGUCGGAAGAGAUUAAACCUCAUCCUUUAGUAUCAAAAUUAUAUAAAACAACACAUUUAGAAACAUUAACGUUUGAUACACUUUUUUUUCCUUCUUAUGGUCCACCAAAUCCAUGGAUUUCGAUAUAUUCGGGAGGAUAUCUUGUAACAAAAACUGAUUUUAUAAGAGUUGGAAAUGAUUCUAACAGUUCAUGGCAUCAACUUAAAAUUACGGACUCGGAGCAAUUAUUUCCUAUAUUUGAUUCAUUGAAUCAGCUUAGUUCUAUACCAUGGAAAAUUAAUACUGCCAUACUAGAUAUUGUAAUCAAGAUUUUUCAAGAUGGUGGUUCUGCAGAAUUAAAAGUUCCUCAAUCAAUUUCGGUAUUAUCUCCACCAAAUCCCGUAAGUAAGAAUGCUACUGUCGAAGAGAAACAAAAAGCAGCACUAGCAAAAGCUCAAUAUAUUCAAAAGAAAGACAAUAUGUAUUCUCUGUGGUGCGACACUCUUUAUAAGUUAUCUAUUGCCAAUCAUUAUAGGAAUAAAAUAUUUUGGCUGCCACAUAAUUUGGAUUUUAGAGGAAGAGUCUAUCCAGUACCUCCAUACUUGAAUCAUUUGUCAUCUGAUUUGGGUCGUUCUUUACUUUUAUUUGCGAAGGGAAAACCUUUAGGUCCAAAUGGAUUGGAUUGGUUAAAAUUACAUGUUAUUAAUUUAACCAGUUUUAAGAAAGGAGAGUCUCUUAAAGAACGUCUUAAAUAUGCAAAUGAAAAUAUGGAUAAUAUAAUUGAUAGUGCUACGAAACCUUUGACGGGUAAAAUGUGGUGGAAACAAUCGGAAGAACCUUGGCAAACUUUAGCUGCAUGUAUGGAAAUAGCAAAUGCAUUGAAGGCACUAAAUGUAGAAAAGUAUGUAUCUACGUUUCCAGUUCAUCAAGAUGGAAGUUGUAAUGGACUUCAACAUUAUGCGGCACUUGGUAAAGAUCAAAUUGGUGCGGAAAGUGUUAAUCUACAUCCAUUUGAUAUUCCAAAAGAUGUGUAUUCCGAAGUUGUGUCAAUUGUUGAAGCGCAACGACAAAUCGACGCAAAAAAUAAUGUUAGAAUUGCACAAAUUUUAGAAGGAUUUAUAAAAAGGAAAGUUAUAAAGCAAACUGUGAUGACGACGGUAUAUGGUGUAACAAAAUAUGGUGCAAAACUUCAAAUAGCAAAACAGUUAAAAGAUAUAGAAAACUUCCCAAAGGAAUAUGUUUGGCAAGCUAGUAUAUAUUUGACUGAAAAUACAUUUCACAGUUUAAGAAAAAUGUUUAAAAGUGCAAGGGAAAUUCAAGAUUGGUUCACACAGUGUGCUCAAAUUAUUUCUUCUAAUUUUUAUCAAAAUAUGGAAUGGAUUACUCCGUUAGGUCUUCCUGUUGUACAACCUUAUACGAAACAACAGUUUCCAAAAAAACGUGUUGGUAAAGGCAACGGGUUGGUAAAAAAACCUGAUACAAUGAAACAGCGUAAUGCAUUCGCACCAAACUUUAUACAUUCUUUGGAUUCCACUCACAUGAUGCUUACUGGGCUGAAUUGUUAUAAAAAUAACGUUACUUUUGUCUCGGUGCAUGAUUGUUUUUGGACUCAUGCUUGUACUGUAGAUAUUAUGAACAAAGACACAAGGAUGUAACGCUAAAUUUAACUUGGAAGAAAUACGCAAUUGUUUUAUCAAUGUACCAUCAAAAGGUACUUUUGACAUUAAUAAAGUUUUGUCGUCU